AUGCUUCAUUUAUCAGCCCAACAAAUCGAAUACUUAGUUGUUGUUAUGAAAUAUCACGAGCACUUUUAUAAAUUCUAUAAAGAUAUUACUUUUAAAUUAUUUUCCAUUGGGAAAGCAUACUUAGCAGAUGCUUUGAAAAUGUGCGAAUUUAAUUCACUAAAGAAAAUUUUCACUUUACGUACUUCAGGAAUUGGAAUGUCAGAACGAGUUGCUGUUCUAAACGAAGAAAUGUGA